AUGGAGAAAAUUAUCAACUUCAAAACGAAGUUUGCCUUCGAAGCGUUGACGAUGAAGAAGUAUAUACAGAGCUCAGCAGAGGAGAAUUUUGUGGGCGACAUCGAAUUACUAAUGGAACCACUGACAAAAGUCUACCCGUUAUCGUCAGACAUCGAUGAUAAAUUAAAAGCCAAAUGGGAUUCAAUGUUUGAUGAGUACGGCCGAGGUGUUUGUAUGUACAGAACGGUUGAAUUACAUCGGUUAGAUUUUCGCGAUUCUCAUUGA